CGUCUCUGCCUACCUUCCUCUCCUUUUUAAACCCUUGUUCAUCUUAUGGCCGAUCCCUCCCAACCAUCUUCUAUUUCAUCAGAGACAUCUAGUGUCGCUAGCCCAUCCAGUCAAAAGAAACGAUCAAGAGCUACCGCUGAGCAACUGGCUAUCCUCGAAGACACUUUUGCCGUCAAUGUGAGCCCCAACAGCAAACUGCGUGCGCAGCUUUCCGCGCGGCUCAAUAUGACAGAGAGAAGUAUACAAAUAUGGUUUCAAAAUCGCAGAGCAAAAGUCAAGCAUCUCCAGAAAAAAGCAGAGAUCCAAGCGCAAGAAGAUGCUAUCAAGACAUCGGCCUAUUAUCAUCGACACAGUUUAACACCGGGAUAUUACCCUCGAAGUGCCAUGGCUUAUCAUCGACCCUCUUUACCACCCAAUAUGACAUUUCCACGCUCAUACAGCGCAGGCAUGGUCACCACUUAUCCUAUGAGACCGAACAUGGCAUCGCAUUUAUAUCAUUCAACAGGCUGGCCAGCAGGGUGGCAACCUGAUCCUACCAACCCGCAUGGCAUGGGUCAUUAUGCCGCGGAGCACACAGCAUCUCCAGGGCAUUCGCGCACCAGUACGCCCAUCCCGAUGGAUGGUAGUCAAUAUCGAAUGGCGUACAUGUCUGAACCCCCCAACGCACACGAUAUAUCGCUUGCUUUAGGCAAUGAAAGCCAUUCAAUCUCUUUAGACCCUGAAUAUCCAGAUACCACCACCACGCCUUCCGUUAAUAACCCAAUGAUGACAAUCUCACCGGCAGGAUCGACAGCCCUACCUCCGUCUCUGGCGCUUUCCGGUCAACCUUUUACGGCAUUUUCACUUACCAUUGGUACCUGGCAUCGAAUGAAACUUCAGCAAGCCGACUUAUACUGCUCGUUCAAUUUACAAGAGCGCACUUUCAGCUGGCAUAUUUCCGACUGUGGUCAUUUCUUCAAAGCUGAGUUGCCAUUUGACUCGAUAAGCAGUAUUAAAUACACUCUAUGCGAUGAUGCUGUGUCUGGCUUGUUGAUAUUCGACCUCCGUCAAGCACCCAUGUUUUUUAUGGACAAUGACAUGGCUACGUCCGCGGAUGGUUUAAUCUCGUGGAUUCAGUGUAGUGACUUUACGGAAAACACCCAGGCCAGUCAAUGUUUACAGCAUACCAUCAAAGGGGUAUCUCAAAACCUUCGCCAGGAACUACAAACCAUCAUUACAAUGGAUAAAACAUUGGAAAAUAUCACUCACAUCAUGCCCUCCAUGACCUAUUUGCAUCAAACCGCCCAUCAAGACAUCCCCACCACAAUGUACCAACACCCAUCUGCUACUACCCACUCCACAUCGGCGUCGUCUUCAUCGUUAUCUGCGCCCGAGUACGCCUGGCCGGGGUACUCGGCCGAUUCCAGUCAUACGUUUGACAAUCUUUGAAAUGAAAGGAGCACGUUCUUUUGAUUUGAAAAAAGAAAAAGACACCCUCCAGAGCUGAGCCGAAGAAAUGGGUUGCUGGUUUUCCCUAACUUCUUCUGAUUUGUCUCCCUCUCUCCUUGAUUUUUUUUUUGCAUGUCAUCUCCCUCCUUGUAUAUAUAUAUACCGAAUCCCAUGAUUCUUCUCUCCACUUUGUUCUCCCCUCUCCUUUUGUGAUUUGUCCAUUUAUUGCAACACUUGGACAUAUAAAAAAAAAAAAAAACAGAUUAAGGCAAG